CCUCAUUUUCCUUUAAUUUUUAUUAAAAAGUUAUAAAACAAUGAACAGAUAUUUAUUAAAUAUUUCCUAUAUUGGUACAAGAUUCAGUGGCAUUCAAAAAGUCGUCUAUAAAGGAGUACCACGAAUAGACACCUCAACAAUUCAAGGCUGUUUAGAACUAGCAUUAAAAGUAUUCCGGCCAAUCAAUCCUAUAAAUACACAUCUUUCCAGUCGAACAGAUUCGGGAGUCCAUGCUUUGCAAUCAUCAAUCCACGUCGAUCUAGAACGCCACGAUGGGCAACCCUACAAAGUGGAUGUUAUGACAGGUGUCUUAAAUCGAACUCUAGAUAAACACGAUCUUCCAAUACGUGUCAAUAGCACUAGGCUCGUUCCGGACACAUUCCAUUGUCGCUAUCAAGCCAAAGGUCGAACUUAUUUGUAUCGAUUGGCUGUAGCUAAAGAUGAACCCAUCGGAGCUAUUCUGAAAAAUAGAAACUAUCAGAACUUCAUUCCAGUGGAUGAGUACAAAAGGUGUUACUUUAUACAGGAUCAUAAUUUCGACAUCGAAAAGUUUAAAGAAGGAGCAAAUCUCUUCAAGGGACGACAUGAUUUUCGUACUUUCAUGAGCACCGCUUCCAGUAAACAAAAGAUUGAUAAAGGACCAAUGUUCAGUAUUCGAUCGAUUUCUGAUAUCAAAGUGUACCCCGGUAGAUCUCUGGCAGUUCAUCCAGACGCAACUCGUGCUGAAUCUUUGUACAAUUACUGGGAUUUGGAAAUUUCUGGAAGAUCAUUCCUAUACAAACAGGUUCGCCGAAUAGUGGGAUGCUUAGUGUCCCUAGCCUGCCAUAGAAUUCAAUUGAAGGAUGUUUAUGAAAUGCUUACUAUCCCUUCCAAAGAAUCAUGGCAUCCUAAGUGUGUGAUGGCUCCUCCGUUUGGUCUUUAUCUCUGCAAAGUUCAUUAUGACGAAUCUGAUUUAAUUUUUAAAGAAGCUGUAAACGAAACAACCUCCCAAUAUGAGUCUACUGGAACAACUGAAGUCCAAGAAAAACAAGCUCAAGCCAACUAACACUACAAUUACUACAGCUAGCGGAAGCAAAUACAUCGAAUCUUCCUCCGAUGGCCACAGGCACAUGCAACUAUUAGAAGAAAAUUCAUUUG